UUCGUUCUUCCCAUGCAUGCCUGGUUUCUCUGGCUGAUUUCCCUAGUUUCUAUCUUCCUUCCUAGAGGAGUCCUCUGCAUCCACUGAGCUUGGCUGAUAAUUGAUCAGUCAGAGGGUUCUUCCUAAGAUCCUGGGGCAGACAACCAAAAGCUGAUAGGCUGAUGAAGGAAGUGGAGCCACUUGACUGGACUGAGGAGAGACAGGGCCUUGGCCAGAUUCAGAGAUUCUGGUUCUCCCUUUCCUUGACUCCCCGAAGGUAAAUUUUUCUCCAAAAUCUUAUCUCAGCCUGUGUUGGGAGACCUGCGAUCCUUGCCUAGGAGCUGGACGCUCUGCACGCUGGGCGGGCUUUAGAAGAACAGAGAAGUUACUGACAAAGUUCAAGCACACAGGGCGUGGGACUCAGCUUGGUCAGCCUGAAGGGAGUGGUUCUAUAAGACCAAAGACGGUCUCGCCGCGUCUGCUCUGCCCUACCCGACCGGGUCCUUGCACAGUACCACACGGCAGCCGCUGAGGAGGAGAAGGACGACGUCCCAGUGCCAGAACAAGCCGGACAGAAUUCAGGCAUUUCUGAGGCCUCAAGUGAGGAAGGCUCAGAGCUUGACAGAUCUAAGGUCCUAGGGGGUCUCUGAAAGUGCCCAGCUUCUGUUCAGCACCCAGUGAUGACCCCCCGAAGACUGGCCCUGGGCCUGGCGUUUUUCCUGCUCGCUGGCACAGGUCUCUGGGUCCUGUUGGAAUAUGUCAAGGGCUGGCUGCUGGUCUCCUACAUACCCUAUUACCUCCCCUGCCCAGAGUUCUUCAACAUGAAGGUGCCUCUCAGGCAGGAGAAACUGUUCCAGCCUGUGACUCAGUCACAGUACCCUCAGCCUAAGUUGCUGGAACACAGACCCACAGAGCUGCUGACACUUACCCCCUGGUUGGCACCCAUCAUCUCCGAGGGAACCUUCGACCCGGAGCUUCUGAAGAAUAUGUACCAGCCAUUGAACCUGACCAUUGGAGUCACCGUGUUUGCUGUGGGGAAGUACACCUGCUUCAUUCAGUCCUUCCUGGAGUCAGCCGAAGAGUUCUUUAUGCGUGGGUACCAAGUACACUAUUACCUCUUUACCCAUGAUCCUGCAGCUGUUCCCAGAGUUCCCCUGGGCCCUGGUCGGAUCCUCAGCAUCAUCCCUAUCCAGGGUUAUUCCCGGUGGGAGGAGAUCUCCAUGCGCCGAAUGGAGACCAUCAACAAACACAUUGCCAAGAGAGCCCACAAAGAAGUGGAUUACCUCUUCUGUGUCGAUGUGGAUAUGGUCUUCCGUAACCCAUGGGGCCCGGAGACCUUGGGGGAUCUAGUGGCUGCCAUUCACCCAGGCUAUUUUGCUGUACCUCGCCAGCAAUUCCCUUAUGAACGCAGGCAAGUUUCCUCUGCCUUUGUGGCAUACAAUGAGGGGGACUUCUAUUAUGGUGGGGCACUCUUUGGGGGACGAGUGGCCAGGGUGUAUGAGUUUACCCGGGCCUGCCACAUGGCCAUCCUGGCGGACAAAGCCAACGGCAUUAUGGCAGCCUGGCAGGAAGAGAGCCACCUGAACCGCCACUUCAUCUGGCACAAACCAUCUAAGGUGCUGUCCCCAGAGUACCUCUGGGAUGACAGGAAGCCUCAGCCCCGAAGCCUGAAGAUGAUCCGAUUCUCCUCAGUGAGAAAGGAUAACAACUGGCUGAGGAGCUAACAGCCAAGCUAAGACCCGGCCAGAGCCCUGUCAAAUCCAACCCCACGCCAAGCCCAGUUUACCCUUUGUAUACCUCAGUAUACCAGGGGAGUCCAACCAAGAAAAUGAAUAUAGAGACAGUAUAAAUUAUGAGAUGUGGUAUACCCCCAGUCAUAUAGCAAUAUAGCACAUGAUUGGUUGGACAAGAGGAAGACAUCAAAAAAGACAGGGCCUUUCAGGCCUCCCCACACCCACCCAAGGGACAGAUGUGCCUUCUCAAGGCAGGCUGGGGAAUCCAGCUCUGCUCAGAGUGUCUGGGGCUGCUGUUACUUAAAUACUGACUUUUAGUUUUGUUUUAAUCUGCGAUGGUGGAGAUCCAACCUGUGGGCUUGCACAUUAAAGGGAAAUGCUCUGCCCCUGAGCUGGCCUCAGCCCUGCCUGCUGCCUUGAAGCCGCACGUUAAUGUUCGCAUCCCAAGUACAAUGCGGUUCCCCGAGUCAUGGACAGCUGUUCUUCACUCAGGAUUCUCGAGCUAGCUCUGAAGUGGACCAGGCUUAGCUCCCCUCUGGUCACCUGUAUCCCAUGGUGAGCCACACUCUCAGGCACUAGAUGUCUACUUUGUUACAUGGUUUGAGAUAGCUUUCAAUAAAGAUGAUGUAUAUUAGAUCCUGACCAGGA